GGAGAGAGAGCGGGCCGCAGCCUGGCUUCAGAGGCACUCAGCCUCUCCCUCCCGUCCUGCCCAGGGCGCAAUGAGCCCCUGAAGAAGGAGCGGCUGAAGUGGAAGAGUGACUACCCCAUGACUGACGGGCAGCUGCGGAGCAAACGGGAUGAGUUCUGGGACACAGCACCUGCCUUCGAGGGCCGCAAGGAGAUCUGGGACGCCCUCAAGGCCGCCGCCUAUGCAGCCGAGGCCAACGACCAUGAGCUGGCUCAGGCCAUCCUGGAUGGAGCCAGCAUCACCCUGCCUCAUGGCACCCUCUGUGAAUGCUAUGAUGAGCUGGGCAAUCGCUACCAGCUGCCCAUCUACUGCCUGUCGCCGCCUGUGAACCUGCUGCUGGAGCACACGGAGGAGGAAAGCCUGGAGCCACCUGAGCCCACGCCCGGGGUGCGCCGCGACUUCCCCCUGAAGGUGCGCCUCUCCACGGGCAAGGACGUGAGGCUCAGCGCCAGCCUGCCCGACACAGUGGGGCAGCUGAAGAGGCAGCUGCACACCCAGGAGGGCAUCGAGCCGUCCUGGCAGCGGUGGUUCUUCUCCGGGAAGCUGCUCACAGACCGUACACGACUCCAGGAAACCAAGAUCCAGAAAGAUUUUGUCAUCCAGGUCAUCAUCAACCAGCCCCCGCCGCCCCAGGACUGAGGAGCCCGCGGACCCCUGGGCAGAGAGGCUGUGGAGGCCUCUGCGGGGCGGAGAGGCCCCCCCCCCGGCUGAGCACUGGGUGCCCCCACCCUGCCUCCGCGUGCUGGCGCUUUCUUCAGGGGCGCCUCCGGCCGCUUGGCUGCUGGGCCAGCCGUGAAGGGGCCCUGACUCCCAGGCGCCGGCCCCCGGGGCCCCCGGGGCCCCGCACCCAGGAAGCAGUGCUGCCACACACAGGCUUUGCCAGCCUUGUCGGAGAAAAGGCGAACGGGGGCCUUCCACCCUGCCUCUCCCCCGCAGCAGGUUCGGGCCACGAGCGCCAGCCCGGAGGCCCCCAGAGCCCAGAUCUGUCCCCCGGUGCUGCCGGCUGUGCUCACUUCGGUUUUCUGCUCAGGGUCUGAAGCAGCUGCCGUCCCCUGCCCCUGCCCCCACUCCCUGACUCUGCCCUGGGCCCAGUGCCGGUCCCCUGGAGGGGAGGGGAUGGCCCGUGAGCCCCAGGGGCAGGGAGCCUGAGGCCGGCCUCUGCCUCUCCCUGCCCCCCAGCACAAUUGGCAGAGGUGGAGCGGGCGGGCGGCUGGACGGCUGUGCUGUUGAGGCGGGGGUCUGCACGGGGCCGUGUCCUGGCUGUAACCCAAGCGGUGGGGGGGGUCUGCAGCCUGGCCAUGGCCCACCACAGGUCCCUGUGUACAGACAUAUCUGCAUAUUUAUCAAUAAAGCCUUUUGCUCCCUCC